AUUGAGCAAUAUUACUUAAUGCUUUCGAAAAGAUUAUUCUGACGAAAACUGUAACGAGGGAGAGAUUAGAGAGAAGAGGAGGGUCCUGUGUGCGUACGGAGGGGGGCGGUCCGUUCAUCCACUCACACACAUGUGGUUCAGUCGGGGUGAUGGAGCGUCCUCGACUGAACCUCAUCAAGCAAAGGCACAAAUAGGGGCCGCGCGCGUUGCAGGCGGAACGGUUGAACGGCGCGAACAGUGUGUUUGACUUUAACCGGCGACGAACGAAAGCGAACACCGUGUGUUUUCUUCUGAGGAGAACCAAGAACCAGAUUCUCUGCGGAUCUUGAGUCACUGGAAACGAUUUCAACUGAAGACAUUUUGAACAGAAUAAGCCACACGGCGAUUUAUAAUGGUGGAGCCACUGCUGUGUCAAUAACAUCUGAAAUUGACCUGAAAACCACACGCUCAGAAACACAACAGAGACUUUUAACACUGCAAUUGAGAAAAAUAAAUAACUUCGAGAUGUAUGAAGAGUCAUCUCAGGAGAUGAGAGAGCAGAACGCUGGAGUUUUGAAAGCUGUUGAACCCUCCACCAGCACAGGGUUGAUGGGGUUAAAUGUGUCCGCUCCCAGCAGCACAAUGUCUUUCACUGAUGAAGCCGUGUCCAUCCUGACGUCCAGCAGUUUGCUCGCACGCUCGCUUCUGGGCCGGACGUCGGCGCUCAAACGCGAAGAUGCCGCUUCAGCCAGCGCCAACUCUGCGAGACGCAAGCGCGAGUUCAUUCCUCAUGAGAAGAAGGACGAGGGCUACUGGGACAAGCGCAAGAAAAACAACGAAGCCGCGAAGCGUUCUCGCGAGAAACGCCGCGUCAAUGACAUGGUGCUGGAAAACCGCGUGCUGGGUUUGCUCGAGGAGAACGCCAGGUUACGAGCAGAACUGCUUGCACUAAAAUUUCGCUUCGGCCUCAUUAAAGAUCCCUCGAAUGCUUCCAUACUUCCGCUCACGACAGGAACCUGCGUCCCACAUCCUUCAGCGCCGCAUUACUACCUUCCACGUGGGGAUGGCGCUCACCAUGCGGGUCCAAUGUUGCCCAAUGCUCAAAGCGGGCCACAAUCUGGGCGAAGCAUCAGAGAUACAAACAGUAUGUCAGAAGAUUCGGGUUUCUCCACGCCUAGUGGGUCCAGUGUCGGUAGUCCCGUCUUCUUUGAGGACAGACUGAGCGACCAUGGAAAGUUGUCCCCGCAUCAAGCAGAUGAGCUCGGCUAUGAGUCCCAUCACUCUCCAACUGAUGUUUUAGCAAUGGGACACGCGCCCAUGUCAUCCAACCGGAUGGAGUCGAUGGAUAGUUUGAAGAGCCUUCCGCACAAGCUGAGGUUCAAGUGUCCGGGCGGCGGCGAAUGCGUCAAUCUUGGAGAACGGCAAAGUCCCGUGCUGCCCAGAGUUCACAGCCUUUCGGGUACAAGCGAAGGAGCGGGUUACUGGACACAGCAGGAGGGAGAAGACACCCGAAAAGUCACACCACUGCCACAGCAGCUGCAACACAGAAAUUACAGCCACAACAUGAACCCGAACGAAUCGCAAUACCAGGCCGAAAACAGCAUGCUCAAAUCUCAGCUCAGCUCCCUCGGCGAGGAGGUGGCCCAGCUCAAAAAGCUCUUUUCCGAGCAGUUGCUCACCAAAACGAAUUAAGACAUUGUAAAAGUUUGAGCAAACUGGAACAUCCUCAGUCGAAGUCAUGAACAAUGAACAUCCGUUGAUCAAAAAUCUAAAGAAAGCAGCAUGUGCAUCACUACCUCUUCACACUCGGUCAAAACCAAACGGACCUUGCAUAUCCACCUUAUUUUGAGAGCUAUUUUUCGUGAAUGUGUGAAAUUUCUGAUUCAUUGGCCACUAUGCUGUAGGUAAAUAAAUAGAAGGAUGAUAAGUACAAAAAACGAGCAGCGCAUCAGACCGUUUUUGUACAGCUGAAAGAACUGGAAGUGAACGACAACGGAAACCUCGCACAUUCAAGUUACAAAUGGCCGCACCCGCUUUUACGUUAAAAAUAAGGUGGAUGAUGACUUUUUUUUAACCCCCUUUCCUUCAACUCUCAUUCAGGACCGUGCAAGAGCAUUCCAGUGGCAUCGGGACACGUCAGCUACAACACCUCACCUCAAUUCGUUCGGUUCCUCCUUUUGCCUCAAACACUGUGAUCUUGCUCAAAAACACCUCAGGCGGUAAAACCAUGUCUCCACA